AUGAAAGAACCAGAGGAAGAAGAGGAUGAAAUCGUGGAAGAUUCGGAAGGAGAGCAGAAACCUCCAGAAGCGAUGGAACAGGCGGAAGAACCUCGAACAUCCCUGUCAACGGCCGAGGCAGACCAAACCGCCCCAGCGUUGCAAACCGAGCAAAGUCGGAUCGACGAAGAGCUCUCCCACGUGCCGAAAACGAUCACAUGCUCCAGAAUCCACAACGACGUGGACGAAGUAGUGGGCGCUUUCCAUUGCUUCAGAAGCAUCCGAAUACUUGUUUUCUUGCAGGAACUCCUCAGUGACUUCUAUCACAAGUUCCUGUCAAAUGCCUGCCGUUUCUCAGACGACGUGAAUGCACACACCACUCAUUUAAUCAUGAUGAAUAGUGGUCAGUCCUCCGUUUCCUCUUCUUCAUCUCAUUUUCCCGUUCAGAAGGCCGCUCGAUCCCCCAAAAGUCGACUGCAUAUCUCCAUGCGAUCGCCCGCAAAUGCAUCAUUGUCGGGCGUCAAUGGCUCGUCGAUUGUCUCAAAACGGGGCUCAUUCUUUCCGAGGUAUUUUCUAUCUACUAAAGAGCACACACGAUGUUCCGAGCGGUGGUCUGAUGUUGAUUUGCUCUGCUGAUAACUGCUGCACAAACUUCGUCGAUAAAAUUCACGUGAAGCGUUAGGGGAACCUCCAGAAAAGCGGCAGAGGGCACUCAAAAACUUUAGCUCGGGAGAUAUAGGUGACAUUCAACGACGAAAUGGAAUCAAUGGGCGAAGCCCUUACCUUAUUCUCAGCACAACAAUAUGUCCUUUCACCUCCGCCGCUCAUCGAAAUUCCUCCGAUUGGAGGCAGCUCCGUGAGCAGAACCGUGCAAUUUGUUAAUAUUCAAAGUUUUCAGGGGAUCUACCUGAAGUACAUGGGCGUCUCGAUCAGUGCGAAGCCGCGUGGAUCUUCUGCCAGUGCAGCAACUAUCGGCGACAUGAAGUCGUGUCUUGGAUGCGGUUCGGUCGAGUCGUUGACGACGCAAGACUGGCAAGAUGAGAAACGCAAUGGAACUUAUCGUUUCGGAAUGCUCGUGUGCACCUCCUGCACCAGGUCCGUCGACGAUAUCGGCGCAAAAGCUGUCGGGUGUUUCAGAGGAGCGUGCUCGUUCGAUAAUGGGCAUCCUCUGCUCACUAUCAGCUACAAGCUUGUCGCCGUGAGUGAUUUCUGA